AUGGAGGAGGCGCCAGCCGACGCCGAGGAGGCCGACGCCGAUGCCGAUGCCGACGCCGACGCCGACGCCGACGCCGACGUGGCCGAGCCGUGGCUGAGCAAGUGGGAGCGCCAGUGCCUGGCCGAGGCCGAGCAGGGGGAGCCGGCGGAGGCGGGCGCGGCCGACGGGUCCGGGCUGCAGGGCGAGCGACAGCAGCUGUGGCAGCUCUUCCAGCUCUCGGCCAUCGCCGUGGCCCAGCUCUACAAGGAUGCCCAGGCGGGGCCGUCGGCGUGGGAUCCCUUCCAGCACGCGGCCAUGGCCGUGACCAGCCUGUACCAGGAGAGCGGCGCCGCCCACCGGCGAAGUUUCGAGAUGGGCGUGCAGGUGGGCCGCCGGCGCCGCAGUCGCGACCUGCUCGACUGGGCCCGGAAGGGUCGCAGCAUCAUCCCCCGCGAAGAUCUCAUCGGCUUCCUGUGCGGCAAGACCCCCCCGACGCCGUCGACGGCGUCCAGCGCCCCCGGCUCGGCCCAGCCCGGCAAGGCCCCCAGCGCCGCCGCCGCCGCCGCCGCCGUCGAGACCCCCGGCCCGAUGCCCGGCUGCAGUGGCGGCGACGCCGACCUGCGGCCCUUCCACGACGCCAUCGCCGUGCACGGCCUCAGCGGGGCCAUGGAGAGCAUCAGCGUGGGCACCGGUGACCCCCGGGGUACCGAGCUUCCCCCGAGGAGCCCCCCGACGGAGGAGGCGGCACCAGCGGCGGCGGCAGCGGCGGCUAGCGACGCCUUUGGAGAAGUGGCCCCAGGCCCGGACAGUGUGGGGACCCGCAAGCGCCCGUCAGCCAGUUGCGGCGAGGGCGUCUCGGACUCCCCGACGCACAAGCGCCACCGACUGCUUUAA